AACACGGUGCGUGCAUUAUUACGGCAAUAAUAGGGUUCAACGAAUGUUAGUUACCGUGUGCGAAGGAAUGCGGGGUCUUAGUUCUUCUGUCUACAAACAGCCUUGAAUGGUCCCAUGCUCCCUUCUCAACGCGGGGCUCCUCCCAAUGAUCGAGACAAUGAUGCAUGAUACAGGGAAAAUCAUCAUCAUGAGCUUAAGGGGAAUUAUACUUAACAAUCCAGGUCCCGCAUAUCUGUUUAUCCAGCGAUGAAGCGACAAAGAAGUGCGGAAACAAAACUUAGAUCCCGAGCCCCUAGUUACAUGCGAAAUCCCGGGGGUAGAAGCAGAGAACUGAGGAUAAAGAAGGUUAUGUCGAUACCCUUGGCACACCAAAGCCCUUCAACGCAGAGAAACAUAUAAAGAAGACGUGCGUAGCGGCCUGUCCAUCAAGUCCCUUGGAAAUCGCUACCCCUUCCACUUCAGCCAGCAAGCAUCGAACCGUCCCGACGCGCAGCGCUAUAUCCAAUUACUUUCAAACGCGAGAAAACACCCGAUUCUCUUUCUAAAUAUGUUCUGGCUGAAAGCCAUUGCGUUCGCCACUGCGGCUCUCCUGGCAAGUGUCUCCGCCGCCCCAGCGCCGGAUAUCGCUGAGAGGGCUGACCGAUGCGAGUCUGGAGUAUGUUAUGUCGAUAAGCCCACAUGGUGUCAGGAAGGAUGGGAACCAGUGCACUUCCAGGUGACCGGCUGCUGGGUUUGCUGCACAAAGAGAUGAGGUGGAAAAUGAUCUGGAUGUCUCUCAGUUUAGAUAUGUUGACAAAGGGAUUUUUGGGAACUUCCUGUGAUCAGGGAUAUGGGUACCCCGUCCUCUAUGCACAGUACACAUAAGCCAUUGGGACAAUGUCGUAUAUGAUGGGCAUGUUCACAAGUCAAGAUAAUAA